AUGGUACAGUUCCGUGCCCUUUUGUCCCUGGCAACUCUCGCCCUGCCGCUCGUUGCCACCGCCUCAGACGUGAUCAACUUGAUCCCUUCAAACUUCGACAGUGUUGUUUUCGAGUCCAAUAAACCUGCUCUAGUCGAAUUUUUUGCCCCUUGGUGUGGACACUGCAAGAAUCUCGCCCCUGUCUAUGAAGAGUUGGCCAGCGCCUUCGCUGCCAGCGGCAACAAAGUCACCAUUGCCAAUGUUGAUGCGGACAAGCAUAAGGACCUGGGCAAGAGAUUUGGUGUUCAAGGGUUCCCAACACUCAAGUGGUUCGAUGGAAAGCCCGGAAGUGUGCCGGAGGACUACAAUGGUGGCCGAGAUCUCGAAUCUUUGACCAAGUUCGUCACAGAGAAAAGUGGCGUCAAGAGCAGAGGUCCCAAGAAAGCGCCUAGCCAUGUCGAGAUGUUGACCGACAGUUCUUUCAAGACGGAAAUUGGCGGUGAUAAAGACGUUCUCGUGGCGUUCACCGCACCUUGGUGUGGCCACUGCAAGUCUCUCGCGCCAACAUGGGAGAAAGUCGCCUCUGACUUCGCCGCGGAACCCAACGUCCUCAUUGCCAAAGUCGAUGCAGAAGCGGAGAACAGCAAAGCUACGGCCCAGGCACAAGGAAUCACGGGUUAUCCUACGAUCAAGUUCUUCCCGAAGGGUAGCACCGAAGCCGAAGCAUACAGCGGUGGCCGCAGUGAGGAAGCGCUUGUGGACUUCGUGAACUCCAAGGCCGGCACAUACCGCGUUCCAGGUGGAGGGCUGAACAGCCAGGCGGGCACCCUUGAAGUCAUCGACACCGUGCUGGCGAAAUACAUCACAGCCGGCGGUAUCAAGGAUGUUGACAAGGCAACUGCGGAGGUUAAGAAGGCGGCCGCCAACCUCAAGGACAAGAGCGUGGACUACUAUCUGCGUGCACUGAGCAAGAUCACUGGUAACCCAGAGUAUGCUAUGAAGGAGCAAACAAGGCUGGCAGGUUUGUUGAAGAAGGGUGGUCUUGCUCCAGAAAAGAUCGACGAUCUUCAGAGACGGAGCAAUAUUCUGGCCAAGUUCCUGGUCAAGGACGACGCAAAGAGUGAAUUGUAA